AUGCAAAAACAAGCUCUCCGUGAGCAUGAGGACGAUAAAAAAGAAGCCAUUGGGGCAACCUGUUGCUUUGCUUGAGAGUAGAGGGAACAUUUCCCAGCAGCUACAACAACACACACCCAUAUCUUGCUCGCCCAUCCCCAAGAAGACCCCUACGAGCGCACACACGUACUCACAUCCGAGUGCUUUUUGCAUUGAGCUCGCGCGCAAUUGAGGACUUUUAAUACAGACGUCAAGAAAAAAUCUGGUUUUGUUUUGGAAAGACAAAUGGCCAACUCCGGGAUUCAGCUUUUGGGAUUCUUCAUGUCUCUGACCGGCAUCAUCGGCCUGAUCAUAGGGACGAUUCUGCCCCAGUGGAAGAUGUCCGCCUACAUUGGGGACAACAUCAUCACCGCCGUGGCCAUGUACCAGGGACUGUGGAUGUCUUGUGCCUUCCAGAGUACAGGACAGCUCCAGUGCAAGAUCUAUGAUUCCAUCUUGCAGCUUGACAGUUCUCUCCAAGCCACACGGGCACUGAUGAUCGUGGGCAUUAUCAUGUCCGUGGCGGGCCUGGGCGUAGCCUGCAUGGGCAUGAAGUGCACUACUUGUGGAGGGACCGACAAGCUCCGCAAGGCCCGCGUCGCCAUGACGGGGGGCAUCAUCCUCUUAGUGGGAGGCCUGUGCGCCAUCGUGGCUUGCUCCUGGUUCGCUCACAACGUGAUCCGAGCGUUCUACAACCCCUACACUCCUGUCAACACCAAGUUUGAGUUCGGCGCCGCCAUCUUUAUCGCCUGGGGCGGGUCUCUACUGGACGUCCUGGGCGGAGUCAUGUUAGCCGCUUCUUGUCCACGAAAGAAACAGCUAGCCAAGUACCCGUCCGUGGCCGGUUCCCGCUCCGGGCCUUCGAGCGGCAACAAGGAAUACGUCUGA